GUCACAGCCGGUGCAGAAGCUGAGGAGUAACAGGUGAGCUCUUCCUGCACAUCUCCUUCCAGGUCCGCACGCUCACGAUGGACCCUCUGAGCACCCCCCCUCCCUCCAUUGAAGUCAGCGAGCAGUUCCUGGGCAACUCGUGCUGUCAGAUCCACGAUGGGUUCCUCUCAGUGACGCUGCCCGUCAUGUACUCGCUGAUCUUUGCCGUUGGGCUGCUCAGCAAUGCGUUGGCACUCUGGGUGUUCUCACGCAGCGUGCAGCGCCGGACCUCCAUCACUGUGUACAUGAGGAACCUGGCGCUCUCCGACCUCCUGCUGGCCCUCUGCCUGCCCUUCCGCAUCGCCUUCCAGGACAGGAGUGAGCCCCGUGUCUUUUGCAGCAUCGUCGGGGCCUUCUUCUACCUCAACAUGUACGUCAGCAUCACUUUCCUCAGCCUGAUCAGCCUGGACCGCUACCUGAAGAUCAUCCGUCCCCUCCAGAAAUACAGGAUUCACACCGUGUCCUGCAGCACGUUGGCCUCCGGGAUGGUUUGGGCGGUGAACUUCGCCUUCAUGCUGCCUUUCUUCUUUGAGAGAAGAGGGAAGGGGCCCUGUGACCAUAAAUGCUUCCACUUCAGGAGCAAAAGCACCACGGCAGCAGCCUUCAACAUGGCCGCGGUGGCCGCCUUCUUCAUCGUGCUGCUGCUCUUCCUCUACUUCUACAGCAAGAUAUUUGCCAAGCUGCACCAGGUCUCCUCAGUGAAGGCCCAGCAGCUGAACAAGAGGACCAGCACGAGAGCCAUCACCAAGACCUUUGUGGUCCUGGUCAUCUUCAUCGUCUGCUUCACCCCUUACCACGCUGUCCGCAUCCCUUACAUCCUGGCGCAGGUCGGGGCCAUUUCCAGCCUGCCCUGGAAGCAAGGCCUGCACCUCGCUAACGAGCUCGUGCUCUGCAUCUCAGCCCUCAACAGCUGCCUCGACCCCAUUAUCUUCUUUUUCUUGUCCAGCAGUUUCCGCAGGGCCGUGCUCUGCACCAUCCAGGGCAGGCUGAAGGGAGCCCUGCUGAGCAACCAGGGCGGGCUGACCCCCAGCAGGUCUGUGACAGAGCUGUAGGGUCAGGGUCCAGGGAAUGGGAUUUCCUCAUCGCAGAUUGGCUCUGGCCACUGGUAUUUAUGGGAAAAGGCUUGCUGGGAAGAUGGAACCACUCCACGAGACAUGGCUUAGCCGACGUGGUGCUGAUGGGUCACGUUUGGGCUUGGCGAUCUUAGGGGCCUUUUCCAACCGUAAUGAUUCCAUGACUCUACAAUUCAUGUAACACCAGCAGGGUCAGAGCCUCCAUGGCAGUAAACAGGGAGGAAAGAGCAGCUGGGACCUCGCUUGUUCCUACUGCAGCUGACAUAGCUGAAGAGCAUAUUUCUGUGCACGAACGAAGCUGGAAGUGCCAAAGGAGAUUUGGCCUUGGCCUGGGAACCCCGGGCAGCCCAGAGGGCAGGAGCAGAGCUGCAGGCAGAGCUGCAGGCAGAGCUGGGCUCCUUCGCAGACGGAGGAGAGGAGAGAGGAGGAGUGAGAAGGGGAAUGGGCAGUGAAUCCUUACUGAGGACACAUUGUCUGCUCACCAGAGAGAGGAAGAAAGGGAUGGGGCAGGAGAGGGUGCAGUGCAAAUGCGUCAGGGAAGGAUGAGGAGACACUCAUCAAAGCAGGGGAAUAUUUUGCUCCGUGAUGGAGCCCAGAGGUGAGCACUGCCAGGCUUGCACGACAGACCUGCCAGGAAAUGCUGCAGCCCCACAACCCCAAACCAUGACAACAACAGCUAUAAUCUCUCAUUUCUGUAGCUUCUGUAACCUCAGCUCAGCCCCAAUGUCUCUGUGCACCGAGACAGGGAGUUCAGGGCUUCCUUUAGCUCUUUGCUCCCCUCACCAGCACAUUUGCAGGGGCUGGCAGCUCUCUUGGGCACAGCACAGCUCGCCUGGGGCCAUUGCUUCAGGAAGGUUGCAGUGGGCAGAGGGGCUGCAGUGCCUCCUGAGCCCCAAUGGGAGCAGCUGGCUCUGAGCUUCUCAGCUCUGCUGUUCUGCAGCAGCUCAGAAAGAGAAACCCACGAGGGCUGUGCAAGAGUUGCUGCCUUCAUCAGCACCUGUUCCCUUCCUGCAGAAGAGAAUAUUUCUCUGCAGUUUAUCCUGUUCUAUGCCCACACAUCAUUUGUUCCAUUAUUUGUAGGGCAGUGUGGAGGUGGAGCAGCAGCCUGCACUCCCUGUUGGGCAGCAGAGCUGGGCAGUGAGGGGUGGGGGUUCAUUCAGACCGAACCGCCGUGGUGACCACAAAACUCCAACACCUGAAUAAUACUCGGGGGAAUAAAAUGUUUCCUUAAAGACUGAA